AUGGAAGACAUUCAAGAUGAUAGCAGCCAGCCAUCUGAUACACAGCAACCUCCGGAAAUAAGAUCAUAUUUUAUUCAAAGUAGUCGUGAGCUCAAGGAUUUCCUACAAUCAAUUGAUGGUAUCGGCCCUCGCUACCUCUCCGUUUUGGUUCCCCAUCAUUAUAACUCGUCAACAUCAACCCAUAAUCAAAAAUUAGACAAGUGUCGAGCAGACUUCCAAGAAACAACACAAGGCAUCAAUGACAAGUUUGAUUCAUCAUUGACCUGGCUGAACGAAUACUUGAAACGAGCUCAUACUUUACGUGGCAAGGCCGUCACCUCAAAAUUGAAUGAAUACAAACGCAAGUAUGAAGGGAUUGUGGCUAGUAAUGCUGCUGCUUCAAAGAAGAUGAAGGCUGGCAUUGACAAGUAUCGAACAUCUCAAGCACUCAUUCAAGAAGCUCUGGAACGAAAUCACCAAGAUAUGGUUCGUGAAGUUCAACAAUUUGAGAGUGAUAUGGAAGAGAUUGUAGCUGCUCGACAAGCAACAGAACGACAAGCAGCAAUCUCCAAAAUGGAACGAGACUUGAAUCGAUUUCGUGAAUUGGAAGGUCGAUUGGGAUCAGAAGAGAAGACCAAAACUCAAGAUGAAAUCAUGGAAUCAUUCAAGGCUCUGCUCAAAAACGCAAAAGUUUGA